AUGUCUUUCUUCUCAUCCCUCUUCAAUUGCCUUGUUUCCUCUUCUUCAUCGUCAUCAUGUAAGCGAGUAUCUGAUAUCGAACAUGGACGUGAAUCGAAAGCUCCUUCUUCAGAGAAGCAAAAGAGCAAAUCAAAAUCAAAGGGAACACCAGUGGUGCAUGAACAACUUUGUUUACCUAUUCCAAUUGCUGCCCUAAUUGAUUAA